GAUAAAUGGUAUAAUGAUAAUUAGAUAAUAAUUUUAAUAAAACAAGAACAAUAAAUAUUAUUUCUUAAAUACUUGUGCAACAACCUUAACGUGACAAUUAUAUAGGAAUAGAGGAAGUAAGAAACACGAAACGGAAAAUCGCACCUUAGUCCAAAUUCAUUCUGCAGUUGCUUCUGUAUUUUCUUUCCCUCCUAACCAAACAGACGUGACCUAAAACUUGAGCAUGCUAAUUUGUUUUUGCCUAAAUUUUAAUAAAAUAAAAAUAUAUUUUCUAUAAUCGACAAAUAUCAAUUCCUCUGUUUAUGGUUGCGUUAGAGUUGAAAAAUUGCAUUGUUUAUGGUUGCGUUUGUAUCAGCUUCAAUCACCAUCCAUUGCAAGUUAUCUGAAUGUUUAAUUAUUCAAGGGAUGUGAUGUUAUUGCGGCGGAAUCCGAAGAGAGGAAGGAAGAGUGAGAGUGAAAAUGAAGAGAACAAAGAUAGACUUAGUGACUUGCCUGAUUGCGUUCUCCUUCACAUUCUGUCAUUUGUGAAUGCCAAGUAUGCAGUUCAAACUUGCACAUUAUCCACAAGAUGGAAGGAUCUCUGGAAACGUCUUCCUUCCCUCAUACUACAUUCCUCAGACUUCUUUACACUGAAGAGCUUUGCCAAAUUUGUGUCUAGGCUUUUGACUCUUCGCGAUGGCUCAACUGCGCUCAAGGGUCUUGAUUUUAACCGUUAUUGUUUCAUUCAGCCUCACCUCCUUGAAAGGAUUGUAAAAUAUGCUGUUUCACACAAUGUCCAGCGAAUAGGAUUGUCAAUCAUGUAUGGCUUUGAACUCGUUCCGCCCUGUAUCUUUUCAUGUGAGACUUUGACAUCUCUUAAGCUCGAAGUUCGAUCUAAAGCACUAUUUCCAGAAUCUCUUAAUUUGCCAGCAUUAACUACAUUGCAUCUAGUGAAUUUUGCUUUCUGUGCGAAUGGCAAUGACCGUGCAGAACCCUUUUCCUCCUUUAAAAGGUUGAAUAGUUUGACCAUUUUCUAUUGUUGCCCUAGUGAUGUUGAUAUCCUCUGCAUUUCAAGUACCACUCUUUGCAAUUUAACAGUGGAUAUCAGUUUUCGGAAUGUGUACACAAUUGACCUAUCUUCUCCAAGCCUUCGUACCUUAGCCUUUAAGGGUCGUGUUUUAGUGACUCUCACUGGAAGAAAUCUUUCUUCCAUUGAGCAUGUAAAUUUGGAAAUAUGGUCGAACAAGUAUUCUUUGAUUCUACUUAGCUGGCUGCUAGACCUUGCCAAUAUAAAAUCAUUGACAGUCUACUCAAGUACUCUUGAGGUUCUCUCCUCCAUUCCUGAUAUACUGGAGCUUAAGUAUCCUAUCUUGGGUGGCUUGAAGUCAUUGAAAGUUUUAGUGCCAGAAUACAAGUUCCGGAAAGCACCUGCCAUGUUGGAAGAUCCAUUUUCACUUAUACCUUAUGGAAUAGUGGACUUUUUGCUUCAAAACUCGCCGUCCGCGAAGGUUGACGUCAUAAAAUGCUAACGUCAAGUGGAUACUCUAUAGCAAGGGUGGCUUAUAUCAUAUAAAAGAAAGUUAAUUGGUGGUUUCUGGAAAGAUCGUUAUUUGAGGUAAAUGAAGCUUAGAUGAGAAGAAAUGAAGAAGGAAAGUACUAAUUUAUGGACACUUAUUUUCUGUCAUGAUGUUUGUGAAUUUUGGAUCUCAUUUUCAUAUAUUCAAGAUUGCAUUAGCGUUUGUUUUUCUAUUGAACAAA